AACGACUGCAGAUAUUACUACGUGUGUGCGUUUGGGAAUAAAAUACAUUUACGGUGUGCUAAAGACUUCGUGUUUGAUCCCACGGAGCUGAAAUGCGUACCACUAGGUCAAGGAGAUUGUGAUGUAUAUAUAUUUCGAACCAGUACCCGACCGCAUGAAGCUUCGACGCCUGCUCCCUCAUCACAAAAGUCCCGACCUGUAACUGCGUUCCCUCGCAAGAAUUCGUCGCGGAAUGGUCACCAGGGAGAUCGGAAAUGCAUAUUGUCAGCAGCACACUACAGGAUAAUAGACCCAAAAGAUUGUAGAUAUUAUUAUCUUUGUUACUACGGUGUGCCCAUCCAUGAGAAAUGCCCUUAUAAUUUCGAAUUCAGUCCUAAGAUUAUGGAAUGUCUAGCACCCAGUCUCGCUAAAUGCAACACGACGGCAACUACACCCACUCCUGCAACCACAACCACUCAUAAAACUACAACUGCUGUAACCACAACCGUAUCUCCCAAAGAGAUCUGUCAGAACGAGGACUCCUUCUACAGUCUAGUGCCAGAUCCCACUAGCUGCAGAAACUAUUACUACUGCUUUUUAGGAUUUGCUAUUAGAGAUGAAUGCCAAAAUGGAUAUGAAUUUGACCCUACACUUCUGGCUUGUAUUCCAAAAUCCGAAUCGACGUGUAAACCAACAGAAAGUAAAAGUCAAGGAUGGUCGGGUUGGUUUUGGUGAUAUGAGAUAUUUCGUACCUCAUAUGCAACCUAGUUUAAGCUAUUUGUAAUUAGAGAAGAAA